AUCUGCAGAUGGCCAAGGGGCAGCAUCACCGAGGGGCGGCAGCACUGCCGAGGGGAGGCAGGGCACGGGCAGCAUCACCGAGGGGCGGCACGGCCGAGAAGUGUCAGGGCGCAGACACCGUCCCCACCCAGGGGCCCCGGGCAGGGCAGCAGCUCGCUGGAGGGUUUCCUUCCUCCUGCCCCAGCCCGCGCUUCGCUAGCCACCCCGAGUACGGCUGCAAGCGCCUCUCAUGUGACCGCCGGCUUCCUGUGCGCUCCCGGCUCGGUGCCGGUGCCGCGGGACGGGACGGGCCGCGCUCGCCGCUGCCGUACGCUGCGCCCUCGCCACCAGCCCCAGCGCCAUGCUGCGCCGCAAGCCUUCCAACGCCGGCGACAAGGAGCCGGGACACAGGAAGCUUUCCCUGCAGCGUUCCAGCAGCUUCAAGGAUUUCAGCAAGUCCAAAGUCAGCUCCCCCAUGUCAAGCGAGGAGUUCAACCUGGAGGAGAAUAUCCCUGAGGAUGAUCCCAGCAGUGGCAGUCCUGAGGAGGCCGUGCGGAGCAGUGGGACCAAGCUGGGUAGGAAGUGGCGGGCAGUCAUCUCCCGCACCAUGAACCGCAAGAUGGGCAGGAUGGCUGUGAGAGCGCUGGCCGAGGGCAAGGGAGAGGUGGAGGCAGAGAGGCCAUGCCCCCUGUCCCCAGCCAGCAGCGUGGAAGAGCAGAGCCAUGAAAAGGUGCCCCUGUCGUACCUGGAGCUGGAGGAGGAGGACCGGUGCCCAGCCCUCGGACGCCAGAUGUCCAGCGGCAGCGCCAUUCCCAGCCCUGGCGAUCCCAGGGACAGCCAGCAGCUGGAGGAGACUGUCCCAGCCUACACUGGCCCCUUCUGCGGCCGGGCCCGUGUCCACACCGACUUCACCCCCAGCCCCUAUGACAAGGACUCCCUGAAGCUGCGGAAAGGGGACAUCAUCGGCAUCAUCGAGAAGCCACCUGUGGGCACAUGGACGGGGCUGCUCCACAACAGGGUGGGCUCCUUCAAGUUCAUCUACGUGGAUGUGAUCCCUGAGGAGACGGUCCCUGCCCGCAGGAGCCGGAGCUCCAGCCGGAACAAGCGCCUCAAGCCCAAGACCCUCCAUGAGCUGCUGGAGCGCAUCAACCUGCAGGAACACACCCCCACCCUCCUGCUGAAUGGGUACCAGACCCUGGAGGACUUCAAGGAGCUGCGGGAGACCCACCUGAACGAACUGCACAUCACGGACCCCCAGCACCGCGCCAAGUUGCUGACAGCUGCCGAGCUCCUCCUGGACUAUGACACAGCCAGUGAGCCAGAGGAUGGUGACACCACUGAGGCCCUGCCAUCGCCCUCAGAGGCCAAAGGGGACAUUCCCCGGGACUCCGGCUGCUUCGAGGGAUCAGAGACCCUGGAUGGCAGCCGGGAAGAGGCCGAGCUGGGGGGUCCUGAGGAGCAGCUGGGGGGUCUCUCCUUGGCAGAAUGCCCCUGAGCCCAUCAGCACCGCCACUUUCCACUCUGGCCCAAAGAGGGGGGCUGGAUUGGAGGGGACGGCUGCUGGUGGGGGACAGGGGAGCUCCAGUGGUGGCACCUCGGGGCCCAGCUCGGCCCCUGCACCAGAGCCAGAUGCUGGGUGGGCAUGAGAUGCACCAGGACAUUUUGCAUGGCACUGCCUGGCACCACUGCCCCGAGGCAGGGACUCUGGGCAUGCUGCGGCAUCACACUCCCCGCCAAGGCACCACAGGCAUUGGCUGCUUUCCCCAGGUUUGCCAGCAGGCUCAGGAAGGGAACUGGGGAUGGAAGCCAUGUGCGCAGGCAACUGAAGCCUACCCAGGACACUGUCACCUCUCAGCAUGGACACACAGAGACCACCCCCACCUGCCAUGGGGGACAGCAAGAUGCAAAUAACACAGCUAAGACACCCUGGAAGUGGGAGAUGGAGAGUCCUGGAAAUGCACAGGGAAGGAGGAAGAGGCAGCUGGCUUGGGGCAGCACAGAAAUGCAAGGGCUACAGCUCAGCCAUUUUCAAACCAAUUAAAUUUCCUUCAUUGUUUUAAAAUUAAAAAAAAAUAAAAUUAAAAAAAAAAAAAAAAAAAAAAAAAAAAGAACACCCAGCCCUCACCCAAUCCUCUUCCUUCCUUCUGGAGACCCUGACCUGUGCAGGCAGGUCCCGGCAGGCAGCACUCCACACACCUCGUGGAACAGGGAGCAGCAAAGCCAAAAUGCACACUUUUUCGAACCGAAUUGGAGAUUUGGUCAGUAGCGUGCUGGGGCGACUCCCACGGGGUGGGGCACAGGAGCCCUCCCCCGGAGGAUGGAACGGGAUGCGGCUGGGUUGGCUGAGGGCCUUGGCAGGGCGGCCGGGGCUCCUUCCCAGCCACAUUCCAACCGGGAGCAGCUGGGGCGGCUCUGCCCUCUCACCCGGGAGAAGAGGCCCUGCAGCGCGGGAGAGGGGGCAGUGCCGGUGCCACGUUCACACCACACCCCUGGCUGCCAGCCAGGAGCAUCACGGACACACACACGGGACUGGCCCUGCAGAACGCCCCCCAGCAGCCACCACACACCUGCCGGGAGGAACGUGAGUGCCCGGCACUGUGCCAAGGGACACGGAGCUGUCAGGGCACAGAACAGCCUCUCCUCCACCAGCGACAUUUGUGGGGAUGCCAGAGGCGUGAGGAUCCUGCCAGUGCAGGACAGGGACCGAGG